CCGGCUGGCGACGCCUCGGAUGUCUCUGCUGGGAAAACCGCUCAGUUACCGCGCCACGCGACGCGACGCGCGAUAUCGCCGUCUACAGUCCAAGUUCUACAACUUCCUCGAACGACCCAGGGGUGUAAAGGCUGUCCUGUAUCAUAUGAUUGUGUUCCUGAUGGUGUUCAUGUGUUUGUCGCUGUCUGUAUUCUCUACGAUCGAAGAAUACGAGGCGAAGGCUGGGAUAGUUCUGUUUUACAUGGAAACUGUUGUUGUAAUCUGGUUUGCUAUCGAGUUCUUUCUAAGAUUAUGGUCAUCAGGAUGCAGAUCCCGGUAUCAAGGUUCUAUGGGUCGCCUCAAAUUUUUGAGGCGACCUUUCUGCAUAAUCGAUGUUACAACGAUCCUCGCUUCGUUAGUGGUGUUGGGCAUGGGCUCUUCUGGGCAAGUGUUUGCGGCGUCUGCUCUAAGAGGACUGCGGUUCUUCCAGAUACUUCGUAUGGUGCGAAUGGACCGCCGUGGCGGUACCUGGAAAUUACUAGGCUCCGUAGUUUACGCUCACCGACAGGAAUUAAUCACAACACUAUAUAUAGGAUUCCUUGGGCUGAUAUUUGCAUCAUUCUUAGUAUAUUUAGCAGAAAAAGAUGUGGCAGAUACAAAAUUCAAAAACUUUGCGGAAGCCCUUUGGUGGGGUGUUAUUACGCUGUGCACUGUGGGGUACGGUGAUAUGGUGCCACAGACGUGGCAAGGAAAAUUUAUCGCAUCUUUUUGUGCUUUACUCGGUAUAUCAUUCUUCGCGCUCCCUGCGGGUAUCUUGGGAUCUGGAUUUGCUUUGAAAGUACAACAGCAACAGCGUCAAAAGCAUAUGAUACGAAGACGUCAACCAGCAGCUACCCUUAUUCAAGCAUUAUGGCGAUGUUACGCAGCUGAUGAACAUUCCAUGAGUGUGGCUACAUGGAAAAUCCACCAAGUCCCACUUCCCAGCCCUCAAACCAGUCGGGUGAUGAGUGCAUCAUUCAAGAACAAUGCGUCUUUUGUAUCCCGUCUGCCGACAAUUCGCCGGCACAAGAGCACCUCGCUACAUUCUCCCGCUCCACACUCCAAACCGGCGCAUCGAUACGACGUCAACGCCAGUGCUGAAAACCUCGGUAAGCUAACUAACACCAAUCAAUAA